AUGAAUAUUUAUUUAUUUUUUAGUGUUUUUCCUUUCAAUAUUCUCCUGCUGUUUUCUAACGCUUAACAAUAAAAGGAUUAUUUAUUUCCAGGAGAAACAAAAUUUGCAACUAAUAACAGGUAUUAUGUUCCAUUUGAACAAAAAUUUUUAGAGUCAAAUUAAAGCAGGUUUGAAAUCGAAUUAAUUCGUGAAGUUUAAAUAGAAAAUCAACACUCCAUAAAUCUUACAGAAUAAAUGAAAUUGUUUUAUUUUUAGUAACUAAAUGAGGAAGAGGAUAAUAUGAUUAUGACAAUGGAUAAUUAACAUUUAUAUUGUUUAUAUGUAAUUAAGAACUAUUUGUUGAAUCAAUAAUUGGUUAUUCAUCCUCACUUCUGUAAUAUAACAUUGCCCUACUAAUCAUGCAGCUAACUAAUUCAGCUUAAUGAUUCAUCAAUAAUAUCAAUUUUCAAUUUGGAGGGAAAAGUAUUUGAUCAAUUAUAAUUACAAUUUGAGUAAAACUGCAAUAUAGAUCUCGCUUAUGGACAUUAAAUUAUUUUUAUAUUUGAAUAAAAUUGUUAAUCAACUAAUGUUUAUUAAGUUGAGAUUGACGAGGAAUAAUUUUAGUAUAAAUCAGUCAAAAAGCUUGAUUUAUUUGAAGGAAUCAAUAUUACAACACUUAAAAUUGAAUAUAUCUUGAAAAUUGAGUUAUGUGAUCUAGAAAGAAUAUUUUUUAUAUUCUAAGAUUUCGUACUGCAAUAUAAUUUCAGGAGGAACAAUUUAUUUUAAUUUUUAAAAUUUGUUAAUAUAACAAUGUUGAAGGUAUUUUAAUUGUGUUCAACUUCAUGUUUAGUAUUGGAUAUAGAAAAUAGCAGUUAGUAAAUGAGAUUGAAGGAGGAUCUUUUGAAUAUUAGUGCUAGUUCGUAUAAGAAUGCAUUAUUAAAUGAAAAGAUUUUAGUCUUAUUUUUUGAACAUUAUAUAUUAGCAAAAAUAAAUGAUUAAUUACAGUACCAUAUAAAUAUAACUUUGCCAGAAAUGCUUCCUUUAAUUGGUUUAUCGUAUUUUAUUGGCGUUCAUUAAUCUAAAUUAAAACUCUUUUAAAUUCAAUCACCAAGAAAUUAUAAUUAAUUUUACUUAUCCUAAAAAAUUCUAUACUUAAUCCUUGCAAGCAAUCCUUAUUAUAAUUCAUUUUAUUUAGAAUAAGGUGAAAUAGAAAUUGUGAAGGAAAAUGAAUCUAAAUUAAUAUCGAAAUAAUAUGAAUAGAUGGUUUAUUUGAAUGAUGACAUGUUAGACAUCUGCUUGGAAUAAAAAUUAUUAUCAGAAACUCUGCCAAUCAAUUUAGUCGCAAUUUAGGACAAUGAAACAUAUUAUUAAAUAAACGAGAGAAUAUCUAUAGACACCUGCAAUUUUAGUUUUCCUAAAUAUAUAAAAAUCAUGCACUUUGGUCAAUUGAAUGAUUAAAUAAAGAUGCUGGUAAUAUUUAAACAGGAAGAUAUUUUAACCUUUGUAUUUUGUUAUAAUGGUUAAAUUAUUAGUGAAUAAAAUAUGAAAUUAAUCAAACAAGUCUUAAAUAUUCUUGUCAUUAAUUAAAGAAAUAUAUUGAUUUGUUACGAGAAACUUAUUUCAUUAGUUAUAAUUGAUGAUUCACUUUCAAUAAAAACAACAAGUUACCCUUAAGAACAUAGAAUAAUUAACAUAAAUAGAUAGUAUGUCUACAUAAGCAUUUUAUAUGAGGGUUGUAGAUUCUCACUAGCACAUAUUGUGUCGGAUAGAUUGGUUGGGUUGGAAUAAUUUUAAAAUUAUCCCUUUCCUAAAUCUUUGAAUUGUACCUUUAAUUAUAAGACUUCGAAAUCUUAAUUUAUAAUUAGUUAGGAUGAGAUCAUUAUUUUAUCAAAUGUUAAUAUGAGGUAUAAACUGAAAGGGAAAAUUGUCAAAGUUUUGAUAGAAAUAUUAUCUGAUAAUUUUGUAUUAGUUAUUGAAGAAGAAAAUGAAAUUAGACUCGAAUUCUAUCGUGUAUUGAGAACUGAAAUAGUUUUAUAGUAUAUUAUACCAAAGUAUGACUUCAAAUUUCAGCCUACUGCUACUUAAAAAUACGAGAAUUAAUAUUUAAUGUUAAGUGCUAAGCAUUAAAGUAAAUCGUAUUUACUAAUUUAUAAUUUGAGAAAUCCAGCUAUUAAUGCUUUAAUAUAUAUUACAGAAAUAGAUGAAUCCCUGUAAUUUUUUUAAUUCUAUGAAAAUGCUAAAAGGACUGUAGUUUAUUUAUAUUAAGGAAAGUUAUAUCUCUAUCUUUUAGAUAAGUGUUGUAUAAGAUAUACAUUUUAAUAAAGGAAUGCUUUAAUUAUGCGGAAAAAAAUUUAAAUUUUAGUUAAUUCUCUGGUUAAUAAUUAAUCUGAUACAAUAAAUAUUUAAAUAUCAAAAUUUAAUAAUGACUACAUUCUUAGUGCUAUGAAUAAUGCUUAAUAACUCAGCUUUCUUAAUAAACCUUUAAAUUAGGAUCUAUUUAUAGGAAAUAUCAUAAGGGUUGAUGUUUAACAAAAAGAUGAUUUUGUAAUUACUUCACCUAUGAAUAUUACAUCAGAACACCUUCCUUGUGAUUAUUUUGAAUCCAAUGUUUGUUUUCUUUAAGGGGAUUUGAUCAAUAUUUAAACGCUUAAGGUUCUAUAAAACAAUUCUUUUGACAUAGGAGAAAUAAUAAUAAAAAGAAUCAAUUUCGAUGAGGAUUCACAUACAUAUUAAAUAUUGUUUUAUAAUAUUAUGAGACCUGAUUUGUAUAUCUAAUAAUUAGAGCAACCUAAGGACGACUUAAAUUAAUCUGUAUUAAUCAGGAAGACAAAGAGAUAUAGCAUCCUCCCUAAAAGUGAUGUAGAAUAAUUGGAAAAGGUUAAAAUUAUCCAACAUAUUUAUUAUUUUUAACUAAUGGGAGCCAAAUCCUUAUUAUACUACAAAGAUAUUUGUUAAAUUUUAAUGAAUUCAUCUCAAUCAUCAUACAUAAUUAUGUAUUUUGCUGAUUGCACCUAUUUAUCUAAUAGUACAUAUAUAUGUAUUUUUUUUGAGGAUCUGAAAAUCAAUAUUAAAAUUUUUGCUGUUAACGAUAAAAAAAUUUAUUAAGAUUAGUUUUGCUAUGCUGAUAUAAUUUAAGCACAUGAAAUUAGUUUAUCCAAUAUAUUUAACUAAAUAGAAAUCUACUAUUUUCAAUUAAACAUGAAAAAAAUUGAGAUUAUUUCUGUUGCCAAAGAUGGAUUCACCUAUGUGUUGCAAUUUCUUAUGUUUUAGUGUACUAAUUUCAGUUUACUGCUUGAAAUCUCCUUCAAUACCGUCUAAUAUGAUCACAUGAGAAUAAAGUCGUAUCUAUUUUUGAGAUAUGAAAAAAAUGCAGAAAUGUUAAAAAUGCUUUAUGCAGAUGAGUACUUCGUAGUGGCAUCAUAUUAACUAGAUGGUAAGGAAAUUGUCAGUGUUUACGAUAUAAGAGGAGAUAUGAAAAAUAAGGAUUAUUUGGACAGUAUUUAAAGAUUAUAAUCAUUUGAUUAUUAACGAAUAGAGAAAUUUAAUGCUUCUCAUUAUGUCAUAUAUAGCCAUAUGAAAAAAAGAUUAUAUUUUUUGACUCUAAAUUAAUUAAAAGUGGAGUGUUUAGGCUAAUGUACAGAAAACGCAAAUUUAAUACUCUCCAAUGAAGUAUCAACCCUUACUUUAGAAAUUUCAUUAGAAAACCAGUUAGGAUAGAAAUAUUUAACAAUUAAAUCUGCAAUGAUUUUAAACAAUUUCUUGCUUAUCUUGAUAUUUCUUAAAUUUGGUAAAAGAGCAAAAUGA